AUCUAUAUGCAGUAACUAUUAAACCCCUCAAGGCUCAAACUCAGACUCAUCUUCUUCUUCCCGCCCGGUUAGCCUGCGAAAAUGGUGACUCCAAUUGAAGUAGAAGAAGAAGAGAUUGAAGGAGACCACAUCGAAACCACCGAUUUCUUCUUCGAUAAGAUUGGCGAUUCAAUUCCAAUCAAAUUAUCACAACAUGAAAAUUCCGAAUUUGACCUUCAAAACCCUCCAUCUCUUCCUCUCGCCGUCUCCGAGCGUUCCCAUCUAAUCUUCGUUGCCCACUCCUCUGGGUUUUGUGUGGCAAAGACCAAAGACGUGAUUGACGCGGCCAAGGAGAUUAAGUAUAAGGGAAAUAAAGGCAUUUGUAUACAGGAGUUGAGUGUUGUGGAUGUUUCAUUUAAGAAUGUUAACGUUUUGGCUUUGUCUAUCAAUGAGUCCACGCUUGCUGUUUCUCUUUCGCACUCCCCGGAUAUUCAUUUCUUUUCUGUCCCGUCGCUUCUCAAUAAGGAAGUGAAACCAUCUUUUUCCUGUUCUCUUGAUGGAUCAAACUAUGUAAAGGACAUACAUUGGUCUAAAAAAGCAGAAAAUUCUUUUCUUGUGCUUUCAAAUCUUGGGAAGCUCUAUAAUGGAGUUGUUGAUGACCCUCUUCAGCAUGUGAUGGACAACAUCGAUGCUGUUGAAUGGAGUGUAAAAGGGAAAUUUGUUGCUGUGGCAAAGGAGAGUACUCUUAGUAUUCUGUCAUCUAAGUUCAAGGAAAGAUUGUGUGUAUCACUAUCAUUCAAGUCAUGGGUUGAUGAUUCUGAUGUACAGUGCAGAGUAAAAGUGGAUUCUAUCAGGUGGGUUCGUCAUGAUUGUAUAAUCAUAGGAUGCUUUCGGUUAACCGAAGAUGGGAAGGAAGAAAAUUACCUUGUCCAAGUUAUCAAAAGCAAAGAUGGCAAGAUUACUGAAGCUUCUUCCAAGCCAGUUGUCUUGUCCUUCUACAAUUUGUUUGCAGGUCUCAUUGAUGACAUUGUGCCCUUUGGCAAUGGACCUUAUUUAUUCUUGAGCUACUUAAAACAAUGUGAGCUUGCAAUUAUUGCUAAUAGAAAGAAUACAGAUGAGCAUAUUGUGUUACUUGGUUGGUCAGUGGGUAACGAAGGGAGUGAUGUUGCAGUUGUUGAUAUUGACCGAGAUAAGUGGCUCCCAAGGAUUGAGCUUCAAGAUAAUGGUGAUGAUAAUUUGAUCAUGGGACUUUGCAUUGAUAGAGCUUCCCUCUAUGGAAAAGUCAAAGUCAAACUUGGAGUUGAAGAAGAGAAUGAACUUUCACCAUUCUGUAUUCUUAUGUGUCUUACUCUUGAAGGAAAGCUUAAUAUGUUCCAUGUUGCAAGUCUUUCAGGAACAACAGCUUCGCCUGGUGUUAUGUCCACCCUUUCCGAUGAGGAAGAGGAUACUCCUGGUGUGGUAACUGGGGAAUGUGAAUUGCCUAAACUUUCAUCUGGAUUAGGGGAACCAAAUGAAGAAGCAGUACCUAUUCGUUCAAAGUCGCAGGACUUGUACUUAAAGGAACUUAACAUGGCUAGUGGUAGAGAAAAUUCUGCCAAAAACAGCCUGAGGCCGUUUGCCAAUUAUGAGAGUUCUAUAUCUACCCCUGUCGAUCAGAUACCCCAUAAAGGUACCACAAUUGGAAACCAGGAUUUGGAAGGUACAGGAGAUCAAAAGGUACAGCUCUCUGUGCAGCAAAGCACAGAUUUGGGGCAGCCAUCUUCUAAGGUUUCUCACUGCAAGGAACCUUCUUAUGCAGUUCAGAAUUCAGGCGAUCAUAACACUACAGGGUUUGGAUCGGGAUUUUCUGUUUUUGCAGGAAAAGUUCCAACUGAUGCCCCUAGCAUAUCAAACCAGAAGGAUUUACCAAAAAGCUUUGAGUUUGGUAAGGAGUUGCUUGGAAAAACUGGAUCAUUUAGCUUACAGAAUGCAUCAUCUCAAUCAUGGUCAAGUGGGAAAAACAUAUUUGUGAACGAAUCUAAAGUCAAAUCACCAGUUAUACCUUCAAGUCACAUUCAAGGUAAAAAUUCUGAAAAUUUUGACACUAUUGUAAGUGCUGCAAAUGUUUCUGCUUGGAAACCUUUCCCCUGGAAGGAUGCCACUGGUACAAUAUCAUCAGUCAAUUUUUCUACUAGACCAGCCCAGGGUGAUGAGCAGAGAGCUUCAACACAGAUAGGGAAAAUUGAGUCAUUACCUUCCAUGCGUAGUGUACAAUCUUCAACACAGAUAAAUUUUGCAUCAGGAAAGUCUCACAACAAUAAGCUUUUUCCUUCCAAAGAUGACUACAAAGCUGCUGUCUCAGGAAUGCCGAAUUCAGAACCAAACUUAUCAAAACAGUCUGGCAAUCUUAAAGAUAUGACAAAGGAGUUGGAUGCACUUCUGCAGUCAAUAGAAGAGAGAGGUGGCUUUAGGGAUGCCUGCACUGUUUCUCAGAAAAGUAAAGUUGAAGAAUUGGAGCAGGGUAUCGCGACUCUUUCUGAAAAGUGCCAAAUGUGGAGGAGCAUAAUGGACAAACAGCUUGAAGAGAUCCAGAAUCUUCUUGAUAAAACUGUUCAAGUUUUGGCAAGGAAAAUAUACGUGGAAGGCAUUGUUAAGCAAGCUUCUGAUGGCCGAUAUUGGGACCUCUGGAAUCGCCAGAAGUUGAGUCCUGAACUUGAGCUGAAGAGGCGACAUAUGUUACAAUUAAAUCAGGAUUUGACCAAUGAAUUAAUUGAGUUGGAGAAUCAUUUUAACACCCUUGAGCUCAAUAAAUUUGGUGAAAAUGAUGGCCUUCAUGUGGGUUGGAGAGCUCCACUGAGCAAAGUUGGGCUUUCAAGGUGUAUUCAAUCACUGCAUAGCUUGCAUACCACAAUGAGUUCACAAUUAGCAGCUGCAGAGCUACUCUCUGAACGCCUUUCCAAACAAAUGGGUGUUCUGAGUAUAGAGUCUCCUGCAAAACAACAAAAUGUAAAAAAGGAGUUAUUUGAAAUAAUUGGAAUCCCAUAUGAUGCCUCUUUUAGCUCUCCUGAUGCAAAAGUUAGUGAUCCCUCUUCAAUGAAAAGACUUCUACUUUCUUCUGGUUCUGCUGCUACAGAAGAUCGUUCCAGGAGACGCCAAUCAAGUGCUAUGAAAAGCUAUGAUCCAGAAACUGCUAGGAGGAGGAGAGACUCACUUGACAGGAGUUGGGCUAGCUUUGAGCCACCUAAAACAACUGUGAAAAGGAUGCUUUUGCAAGAACGUCAGAAAGGUAUUCCAAAUAAAUUAUCCUUGACUGACAAGAAAAUUAGUCCUCACAUGUCAGACGGGGCAUCUAUUGUACGUCCAAAGGAUCGAACAACACCUUCAUCAUCGUUAUUCCAAUCUGGAAACAAAGGUAUUCAGGAAACUUCCCUACAACAGACUUCUGAAAACAAGUCAACAUUGUUCAGAUGGGCUAAUGAUCCAGUAGAACCAUCACAAUCUACUGGGCCAAAGUUUCCUGUGUUCCAAAUUAACACUGCUUCUGCAGUAUCAUCACAUACGGCUCCGCAAUUGCCCCUUACAGGAGAGCAAAAUUAUGCUAGAGAUGAUAUCACUGCAGACAAAUCAAGCUGUGUUGAUAAGUCUGUUUCAGUUUUGAUUGGUGAGGCCAGGCCAAUUUUGCAAUCUGGGACUAGUGUGAAUCAAAAGCCAUCAACCCCUAUGGUGUUGCCUACAUUUGCUCCAUCGAUGUCAAAAAAAACCAGUGAAACAGCAAACUUAAACAUUAAAGGGAGUGUGCCAACAAAUUCAAAAACUGAAAGUGAGAGACCCCUGCCAACACCUAUGAAAACUGGCACUCUUCAAUCUAGAAAAAAUCGUGAUGCUCAAUUAUCAACAUCGGCAGCCACUGCUUCUGCCUUUCCUGGAAAAGUUGCACAGUUUGAUGUUGCAACUAAAAGCAAUCCUGGUGAAAAAGAAUCAAGCUCUUCUGCAUUCUCAAUGCUACCUGCUUCAUCAUCUCCAAUGUUUAGUUUUUCAACUGCUUCCCCAUCCACAUUAUCCACCUUAUCUUCAACUUUCUCAUCAUCUGUAAUGCCAUUUGGUGAGUCAUUGACUACUUCUAAAGCCUCUAUAGAUGUUAAGCCAAUAGUUUCUUCAACAUCCAUGACCUUACCUUCUACCUUAUCAAUUGUUUCCCCAUCCUCAGUAUCAGCUUCUUCCUCUACGACUUUUUCCUCUUCUAGUUUCUUCCCUGUUCAGGCUCCCAAAACACCAGUGCCCUUAUCUGAUACCCCCCCUGUGAAUUUGACAUCAGAGUCUCCUAAACAAGAGUCUCAACUCUCUACAGAUAAACUUAUUUCAAAAGCAGAAGGGAGUACUACUAUGCAAACAAGGCCAUUGCAGUCAGGUCCUUGUGUGGUUGUAUCUGGUUCAAAGCCUGAAACUUCUGUGUCAUCUGCCACUGCAGUUGAAACUCCAACUUCAGUGUCAUCUGCCUCUUCAGUUGAAACUCCAACUUCAUUGGCAUCUGGAAGCAAGCCUAAUUUUACAAGUGCAGCUGGUAAUGUAUUUAGUGUGACGUCAAAUGCUCAACGAGAACAGUCACAUACUUCAAACACUCUAUUUGCAUCAUCGAUCCCAACUUCUGCUAGUACCACUGGUGCCAAGAAUGAAAGCUUGGACAUUGCAGUUUCACAGGAGGAUGAGAUGGAGGAGGAAGCUCCUGAGACUAGCCAGAUGACUGAGCUUAGCUUGGGAAGCCUUGGUGGUUUUGGAAUUGGCUCAAGUCCCAAUCCAGAUCCUCCCAAAUCUAAUCCAUUUGGUGGUGCUUUUGGUAAUGCUGCAACAAGUCCAGUAAGUUCACCUUUCAGUAUGACAGUUCCUAGUGGACAGCUGUUUAGGCCUGCAUCAAUUAGCUUUCAAUCUCCACAUUCUUCCCAACCAUCUCAGCCAACAGCAUUCAGUUCUUUCUCUGGAGGCCUUGGGACUGGAUCAACUCCUCAAGCUCCUGCCCAAACUGGAUUUGGCCAGCCAGCCCAGAUUGGGUCUGGCCAGCAAGCAUUGGGGUCGGUUCUUGGGUCAUUUGGGCAGUCAAGACAAAUUGGUGCUGGUCUACCGGGAGUGGGUUUUGCUUCUGCAAGUAGUUUUGGUGGUGGUUUUGCUGCUCCAAGCCCCACUGGUGGCUUUGCUGCUGUUGCUUCAGGUAGUGGUGGAUUUGCUAAUUUGGCCUCAGGUGGUGGGGGAUUUGGUGGUGUGGCAUCAGGUGGUGGUGGAUUUUCAGGUGUGGCUUCUGGAGGAGGAUUUGGUGGCAUGGCUGCUGCUAGUGGAGGUGGAGGCUUUGCAGCUGCUGCCUCAGGUCGAGGUGGAUUUGCUGCGGCAGGUGGUGGUGGAUUCGGGGGAUUUGGUGGGCAACAAGGAUCAGCUUUUGGUGGGGGCAGCGCAGGAACUGGAAAACCUCCUGAACUCUUCACACAGAUGAGGAAAUAGAUGUGGCUGUGUUUUGUUGAUCAGAAGAGGAAGUCCUUUUUUAUUAAGUUUUGAAAAAUAACUGAUUUUAAGAUUGUUUGUAGAAGAAACGGAUCUGGGUUCCAGACUCUGAUAUUAAUGAGUAUGUUUUAGUUAGCUUCAAAUUUGUUAGCUACUGGGCUUUAAACUCGUCCUGAAGGCAUAUACCAAGAAUGAUAUAAAUGGGAAUGUUAAUUAAAUUAA